ACAAUUAGAGAAGAAGAAGAAUGGAGCCGUAGGAGGAAAACACCAGCGAAGAAGAAGAAAAAGAAAAGAAAAAAGCCUGUGGUCCGAACAUUUUCCGGGUGUGCUUGUCGGACCCCGUGUGCAGGAUGCUGCUGGUUCUGUCUGAAGAGCAUAAAGAACAUCUCUCCUUCCUGCCGAAGGUCGACGCCACAGUGGUUUUAGAGUUUGGUCGCAUAGCAUUGGAGUUUCUGAGGAGAGGAAGCAGCCCCAAGAUCUACGAGGCAGCAGCCAGGAAGCUGUGUGUUCCUGUUGAUACGGUGCAGCAUGGAGUAGAAGGCCUGAUGUUCCUGAUGACAGAGAGCUCCAAACACAUGAUCUCUGAAGUGGAUUUCCUGGACUCUGUGUUAACUUUGGGGUUCAGUGAUGAGCUCAACCAGAUCCUUUUACAGCUCUACCUGCAGCACCACGGUCAGAUCCGCAGCAUCUUGAGUCAGCUGCCCUCCACUCUGCCUGCUUACCACAACUUGGAGUGGAGACUGGAUGUACAGUUGGCGAGUCGCUCCAUCCGUCAGCAGGUCGUCCCCAUGCUGACCCUGCGUCUGCUCUUAACAAGAGGCUGUGGCGGCCGCGGUGACCACAGCAGCAGGAUCCUCCACGCGGACCCCAGCACCCUCUUGCACCUCAUUUCCACACUGGAGUCCGCUCUGGCCGCCAUGAAGACCAGUCACUCUCGGCGCAUAUUACGCAACAUCAAAUAACCUCCCACAUGGCUUCCAGUUUAGUUUGUGGGCCUCCUGCAAAACACCGCAUUACUGCCUUUAUGCCUUGAAAACAUGAAGCAAUGUCUCUUUAUUCUUCAGACUGAGAGCUGAUCAUCAUUUUAUUACCCUAUGAGCCAAAUGGUAUUGACUGUAUUGUACAUAAGGCUUCUACAGUGCCACUGACAUUGCAUUAAAGUGUAAGACAGA